CAAAGGGCAUUACAGGAGAGUAGGAAUGAAAACAACCAUCUCCAGAAGAAAAUUCAACAAAUUGAAGAAGAAAAACUUCACCUGGAGAAGAAGUGCUUACAAAUGGAAGCACAAAACAAACACCUGGAAGAAACACUACAGCGCCAGCCCGACAUCAACAUUAUUAAUGAGGGCUGGGGGAUCAAGUUUGCUCAAGCCAGAGAGCAGAUUGUAUUCCUCAUCAAAGAAAACAAGAAAAAGAGUGCUGAAGUUAAAGAAAUGUCCCAGCAGCUUCAAGGUAGGAAAGCGACGAUUGAUAAGAUAGAGUGGGAUCUCCAAUAUAUGGACCAAAAGAAUCACCUGCUCCAAAGAAAGCUUGAUGAAGCUGAAGAAAAAAAUAAAGAAGUCCUCCAACAGAAGGAAGAACAGGACACAAAGCAAAAUGACCUGCAGCGUGAACUCCAAGACAUGCAGGAAAAGUACAGAAUGGUGAAGGUAAGGUUGGAUCAAACACUGUGCCAAAAUAAAGACCUCCUUCAGGAGAAAGAGCAACAGCAACAACGACUGGCAGAAGAAAAGUGCAUUAUCAAGGACUUUGAGAGUAAAAAUCAAAAAAUGCAAGAAUUCUGUAAUGAACUGAAGGUCAAAACAAGUGAGCUGGAGGUAGAAAAGGAAACACUGGAAAAACGAUGCUCACAUAUGCAGAAAAGGAUCGAUCAAAUGGCGAAAAACAACUCAGAGCUCAUUAAGGGGAUAUUGUUGGAAUUCAACAACUUGAAGCGGGAAAACACAGAAAUGCAGGCCCAAAAGCAAAAGCAAGACAAAACGCAUGAAGACCUGCAGUGUCUGCUCCACGAUAUCCAGAAAAGAAAUGAGCAGUUAGAAGGCAUGCACAAAGAAGAUGAAGUGAGAAAUGCAGACCUGCAGAAGGCAAAGCUAACACAGGAGGCAACAUCCAAAGACCUCAAAGAAAAGCUUGAAGAAACACAAGCUACAUUAGAACAGGUGGAACAAACAUGCAAGAAACUUGAGAAGCAAAACACCGAAACCAUCGAUGAGUUGAGAACCCUCAUCUUGGAGAAAAAGGCCCUCGUGGAAAAGUCCAUGAAAAAGAAGAAAACAUUCUUCAGCUUUUUCCGGAAGAGGGACAAUACUGCUUCUUCAACUGAUGUAGCCUCGUCUUGCUCCGCUUCUGUUCACCCCCCCAACCAGUCCUGGCAGUUGACUGCCCCCUCCUGAGCCUGGUUCUGCCGGAGGUUUCUGCCCGUUUAAAGGCAGUUUUUC